UGCAACAUGUGACUUUUGCAGCAGUGGAAGAAUGACUGGGAAUGAUAUGUGAUGUGGUAAUUUGAUAGUUUACACACACAGAAUCUGACUAGUUUCCUGUCGUUUUUCAGGCUGAGUUAAAUCAAGCGUGUGCUGACUGUUGUUUGGCUUGCACAAAAAAAUGUUCACGACAAUUUAAAUACACCAAAAGCAUGCAAUAAUAUGGCAAAAUAAAACGAGAAGUGAAAGUAUUUCUUUAACGAUUCAUACCUUGGAACAUGUUUUUGCUCAUUAAUACACCAUCUAUGACAUUCUGAAUAUCGAUGCUCCUUUAAGUAAAAUAAAUACUGAGUCAAAACAAAAAAACACAAAAGAAAAGAUUUCAGUUGUAGAAAGGAAUCCAAAAGAAGAAGGAAAACUCCCUCCUCACACAGCUGCAUGACUACAAGGAGGAGGAGGAGGAAGAUGAGCAUAAGGUGAGGCAGGAAAAGAGGGAGGGACGGGGGACAGUCUUACCACCAGUUACAGGCACCCACACAGACUUUCCUGCAAGAAAACCUUGAUCACUCUCACACAACCAGCCUGCACUUCAGAUCGCCUGCCAGUCAGAGUGGAUUGGGUUUUUAGCCAAACAGAUUAUGGCUUCUUCUGCAUGGAUGCUGGCUGUGUGUGUGGCAGCGCUGACAGUGACAGUUGUUGGUGCAGCUGCAAACAAACAGGCUGAGAGGAAUUGCUCUUUGACUCCCCCGUAUCUCCCCAGCACAGCAGUAAAUACCUCUCUCCAGCUGCAGCAGCUACGAGUACAAAUGCAAUCUUCCAACAUCUCUGCCUACAUUAUUCCCGGCACUGAUGCCCACAUGAGUGAGUACAUUGCAUUGCGGGACGCCAGGUUGGCCUUCAUGACGGGUUUUACGGGCUCUGCAGGAACAGCCGUGGUGACUCAGAGCAAGGCUGUUUUGUGGACCGACAGCCGUUACUGGGUUCAGGCGGAAAGACAGAUGGACUGCAACUGGGAGCUGGAAAAAGAUGCCUCCAUCAGCAGUGUGGCAGACUGGCUCAUGUCGGAGUUGCCACUAGGAAGCUCUGUCAGCUUUGACCCCUUCCUCUUCUCUCUCGAGACGUUUCAAAACUACGCCUCCGAUCUGGAGUCAAGCGGUCUCCGCCUUAACCCCAUCACUACUAACCUGGUGGACACAGUGUGGAAGGACAGGCCUCCCCUCUCAGCUGAAAGCCUCAUCCGCCUGCCUGACAGAGUCAUAAACAGAUCCUGGCAGAUGAAGGUGCAGGAAAUCCGUAAUUUGAUGAUGGAGAACCUGAACAGCCCAACAGCUCUUCUGCUUUCAGCUCUGGAUGAAACAGCCUGGCUCUUUAAUCUGCGUGGCAACGACAUUCCCUACAACCCCUUCUUCUACUCUUACACUCUGCUCACACAGAAUGAAAUCUGGCUUUUUGUCCACACUGAGCGGGUGACCAAGGAUUUGGAGGAGUACCUGGAGGCCCAUUGUAGCGAUCCUCUCUGUGUGCAGCUGAAGCCUUAUGACUCUGUCCUUCAGGAACUGAGUAAAUACGUACUCCAGCCUGAUAUUAGAGUCUGGAUUGGUACAGAAUACACAAAUUAUGCACUAUUUCAGCUCAUACCACAGGCAAAGUUGAUCACAUCUACAUACUCUCCUGUGCUGACAUCUAAAGCCGUGAAAGACGAGACGGAAGAGCAAGUCCUGAGGGAUGCUCACGUGAGAGAUGCAGUAGCUGUAAUCCAGCUGCUGAUGUGGCUGGAAAACGUUGUGCCUCAGGGAAACGAGACUGAGCUGAGCGCUGCGGAGUAUGUCAACAAAUGUCGCAGCAAACAGAAGGACAACAGAGGUCCAAGUUUUGAAACAAUCUCUGCUAGCGGACCCAAUGCUGCGCUCGCACACUACAGCGCUUCAGUAGAAACCAACAGGAGGCUGACAGUUGAUGAGAUGUACCUGGUUGACUCUGGAGGCCAGUACCUAGAUGGAACCACUGACAUCACUCGAACAGUCCACUGGGGGACUCCCACACAAAUGCAAAAGGAGGCCUUUACUCGAGUCCUCAUGGGAAACAUUGAGAUUUCUCGAACUGUUUUUCCUUCAGGAACAAGAGGCGUGAACUUAGAGAUGCUGGGUCGCCGAGCACUCUGGGAGGUGGGCCUAAACUAUGGCCACGGCACCGGUCACGGAGUUGGAAACUAUUUUGGAGUUCACGAAUGGCCAGUUGGCUUUCAGACCAAUAAUAUUCCCUUCAGAGCUGGCAUGUUUACAUCCAUAGGUGAACCUGGUUAUUACAAGGAAAAUGAUUUUGGGAUCAGGAUUGAGGACAUUGCUGUGACAGUACCAGCUCAAACUAAGUAUGGCAACAACUACCUAACCUUUGACACGGUGUCGUUGGUUCCUUACGACAGGAAGCUUAUAGACAUCUCUCUCCUCAGCACAGAACAGCGUAAGUGGUUGAACAAAUACUACGAGACAAUCCGACGGCUGGUGGGUCCUGAGCUGGACAAACAGGGGCUGCACGAGGAGAACAACUGGAUGUUAAAAAACACUGAAGCCUUUCCUGAGCUUGGAUCUUCAGCCUCCAUCUGUUCUUCCUCCCUGACCCUCAUUGCUCUGGCUGCCACUCUGCUCCACAGUGUCUCCUGAGCAUCUACCUGCUGCGGCAGUCUCACACAUGAAACCUAUGCAGUCUUCACUGAGCAGCUAUAAGCUACCAGGAUGACAGAUGCACAGCAGUGUACUGUUUAUUUGUUUUAAUGUAAGAUAUUUGAUUGUGUGUAAUUGUUGUUGAAAGUUUGGAUUUAUCUUUUAAUGUGAUUUUUGGAUGUGGUGAGUUUUUAAACUGGACAUUUGUAUGACCAGCUAACAUGAUCUCUAUUUUAUUAAAGACACUUUUCAUGCA